UGAUGUGAGAGUCACAGAUACAACUGAAUAUUAUGCCAGGAUUCAAACAACAACACCAGGGGAGAAAUGGCAAUCAGCUGGUGUCACCCUCACUGUCAAAGACUUUACAGACCUUGUAGUCCAGACGUUUGGACCAGCAGUUGAGGGGAAAUAUGUUAAACUGAGCUGUAACAGCCAAUGCACCUUGAGACAAAACUCCAUGUUUAUGUGGAAAAAGGACGAGGAAGUCUUACCUGGCACACAAACAAACAAUAAUGAUCUGAUAUUCAAUAACAUCAGGAUUGAAGAUGCAGGCAGCUACUCAUGUGUAUUAAAACACCAAGAGCAUCAUCCAUCUCGUCCAGUGAAACUUGAUGUCCUGUACCCUCCAAAGAAGGCCUCAGUUUCUGUCAGUCCUGCUGGUGAAAUAUUAGAGGGCACUUCAGUGACUCUGACCUGCAGCAGUGAUGCCAACCCACCAGUGGAGAGCUACAGGUGGUAUAAGAAGAGGGAAACAGCGCCAUCUCUGGUGGGAUCAGAGCAGAUUUACAGAAUCAACGAGAUCACCUCUGGACACACUGGCCAUUACUACUGUGUGGCGGAGAACAAACAUGGUGGCCGUGAAUCUUCUGCUGUUUACCUGGAUGUUCAAUAUGCUCCAAAGAAAACCUCUGCAUCAGUCAGUCCCUCUGGUGAGAUACGUGAGGGUGCUUCAGUGACUCUGAUCUGCAUCAGUGAUGCCAACCCACCAGUUCAGAGUUACACCUGGUAUAAGAAGGAGAAGAGUGAAUCAGUGAUGUUAUCAACACAGCAGGUUUACAGCAUCAGUAAAGCCCACUCUGAACACACUUACUACUGUGAAGCUAAAAACAAACAUGGUCACUCAAACUCUACAAUUAUUAAUUUGGAUGUUCUCCACCCCCCUAAAGGGACAGUUGUGCUUCUCACUCACUCUGGUGAUCUAAAAGAAGGAUCUUCAGUGACCCUGAGCUGCAGCAGUAAUGCCAACCCACCAGUGGAGAGUUAUAGGUGGUUUAGAUGGACUGGAGAUGAAACUACUGAAGUAGGCUCAGGGGAGACCAUCACCUUCACUCUGGACACCACUACUGCUGGACUUUACCACUGUGAGGCCAAAAAUAGAAUUUCCUCAGAGGAUUCCUCUACCCUUAAUGUCUCUUGGGCAGGCUUAGGUUGCCAGCAUGCACCUCUGAUUGCAGGGUGGGUUGUUACCCUCCUUACAGUUCUCACAGUGGUCCUGGCCGUUGUGAUGUACCACAGGAGGAAGAGAAGAACUUCUAGCAGUGUCUCUGGGAAGACCAACAAGAAGAGACAGGAUGAUGUGAGCUAUGAGAAUGUUCCAAAGGGAGGAAACCCUGGUGCCAUCCUGAUGAGUUCGGUCCACCAGAGCCUGAACCCCGAUACCAUCCAACCUGAUGGCAUCUACCAGGGCCUGAACCCUAACACCAUCCAACCUGAUGCCAUCUACCAGGGCCUGAACCCCAACACCACACAACCUGAUAGAGCCUGAAAAACUAGAUAAGUGAGUUGACAUAAAACCUUUAAUUGUGAAUCUGUUUAUGAAAUAUAUAUUGGCAAAUGGAUUCCCAUACAACUAUCCAUCUCAUGUAUUUAUGUACAAGUUAUCGUGUUGUGUUCUGUUAAUUUUGGCUAUGUCACUUCUGUUGACAUUCAAACAAAACAGAGAGCUAGAUCGCUACUUCCCCUCCCUCCAGUGCAAUUUAAAUUCUCCUAAACACGCAUUUUAUGGUCCAGGCAUUUUGUUUAUGUUUUUGGAGCCUGGACUUUUUACAGUGUAUUCAGAG